GAUUGGUGGGAUUCCAAGCUACCCGAAACUGGCGUGCUUUGCUGCCUAAGUGUAAUACCCAAGGUAUUAUUGGCCGGCGCCAUAACUCUUAUGGAUGAGGCAUACUAUAAAUUGGCAGUUUGGCUAAAUGAUAAAGAAAAUUAUCGCCUGCAAUCGAAAUAUGAAAAUCAUCUGAUAGCCAAGGUGGCUCUAUUUCAAUUUGUCAACUCUUUUCUAUCGCUAUUCUAUAUAGCGUUUUAUUUGCGCGAUGAAGAGAAGCUUAAAGAGCAAUUGGCUGGUCUGCUGAUUUCUCGACAAAUUAUUGGCAAUUUACGUGAGUCGGCCCUGCCAUAUGUUGCCGAACAGGUACGUCUGGCCAAGCUGAGCUUCAAUAUGUGGGGUGCCUUGAGUCCGACACAGGAUAAUAAUCGUACCUUUGCGGAAAGUGUGGCUGCGGCGGGAGCAGCUGGUUCUACGGACCCAGAGAAAACCAAACUGGCAAGUGGUACAUCAACACCCAUGCAGCCGGGCACGCCAUCGAAGCAGCUACCCAAGAAACCAUCCACAGAUACGGGUUGUUCAACACCAUCGACGACUACGAGUGCAACUAAACGUAAUAUUGGACAGGCGGAAAUUGAAAGUUCAUUGUAUAAGUACGACGGCACCUUUUCGGAUCAUUUGGAAAUGCUUGUCCAAAUGGGUUAUGUUGUGCUAUUUUCGGCCGCCUUCCCCCUGGCCGGAAUAUGUGCCCUCAUUAACAAUCUAAUGGAAAUUCGUUCCGAUGCCUUUAAAUUGGCCCAUGUACAUCAGAGGCCAUUUGGUCAACGUGUUGCCAACAUUGGAACCUGGCAGAAUGCCCUCAGCCUGCUGUCACUGGCUGCGGUCAUUGUGAAUUGUGCAUUGAUUGGCCUAUCCGGACAAGUGUCACGUUUGUGGUCGGGUCUAACAACGGCACAAACGAUUAUUUUGAUAGUAACACUAGAGCAUAUCAUGUUGGGCCUACGUUCAGCCUUAACCUGGCUGCUGCCAGAGCUGCCAUCAUGGUUGGCAGCGGAAAUAGCCCGAGCCGAACAUUGUCGCCGUGAAAUGCAAUGUAAGGGCACCUCGCCACGACCCACACCACCAACACCGCCCAGUACCACAUCCACCCAACCGGAUCAUGAAUUGGCUGCCUUGAAUUUAGCCGAUGUUAAUAGUUGUGGUGCCGCUGUGUCGGCUGCUGCAGCUGCUGCCAAUCAACAGUCCAUACAACGGCAAUUGUCCGAAGAUCUACUGUAUCAACAAGAGCUGCUGAAGCAGCGUGAAUUUGAACCCUAUGUUGAUGAAAUAUCACGAUUUGGACUGCAGCGUAAUAUCGAGGCGGAUGUUAAUGUCUUUGAGAAUCGUGACUCAUCACCGGAUUCACCACCAUCACAGACAAGCACAAUCCUCAUACGCCCCCUGCUUGAGUCCACACCGCCCAUGGGUGGUGCCUCCUUGACAAGUCUUAAUCAGGAUGUUGGCCGUUCUCACAGCGGCGCAUGCAAAAAUUGUAAGCAGAAAAAGAAAAUACCGGAAAUACCCCCAUUUCAUGGAUAUUCAGUUCGUAAUUUAAGCUCCAUGCCAAUACAAAGAUUGCACGCUUUAACGGGGUAAAGUCAUAACUAUAGAUACAUGUCUUCUGCAAGUUCCUUGGCCUUAAAUACCCGUCAAUGUAUGCAUCUACCAGAAAUACCACCCUUCCGGAAGAAAUCCACGGAUUCGGCCGAGCAAACUGGCAGUAGUGCCAGCAGUAGUCCCCAACGGACUACCGGCAUUGCCAUCAAUUCCAACAAUAAUAAUAAUGCUAGUAACAUUUCCCGCCACCAACAACAACUACAACAGCCAUCGCAAUUAACAUCACAGUCGCUAAUUGGCUCAGCCGCAUCGACACCACCCCCCGCCGCUGCCUCAGCCACGUCAUCAUCAUCAUCCAGUUCCCAGCCACAGACAACAAUAACACAAGAAAAGAAAUUACCCACAAUAGCGAAGCUAUCGGAAAUACCGCCAUUUAAUGCCCGCAAAAUAUCCGCUGAGAGUACCAUGAAUUUGAAUAUAAGC